AUGGCACGAUCUGACAAGCUAUCUCAUCACCUUAACGGCGUUCACCACGUUCUGGUCUAUGGUGACAAUGCUAAUGAUACGGUUUCAAUGGUAUGUGGAGGGGCUUGGCAUGGUCUCGUUGCUGGUAGAAGCCAGUUUAGGAGCGCCACAAUUAAUUCGGAAUUGUCAACGGAAAUCCACGCAAGGAAUGAGCGAGCAAGCCCAGAAUGUAUUCGUACGAAAUGGAUUAAUGAUGAUGUGGUCGAAAAGGGCAAUUCAACAACCUCGUCCUUGUGCUUUACAAGCUGCCUUAGGCGAUCUUCCCCGACAUUCCUUCGAAUUCGCAACACCAUGAAUUUGUGA